CACCCUAGAAACCUUCGGUUUUGUGCGGCGGGUCGUCAGCAUGUCCUUUUCUAAGGCGCCCCUGAAACGAUUCAAUGACCCUUCUGGAUGUGCACCAUCUCCAGGUGCUUAUGAUGUUAAAACUUCAGAAGUAUUAAAAGGACCAGUAUCCUUUCGGAAGUCACAAAGGUUUAAAACACAAAAAGAAUCUCAACAAAAUCUUAAUGUUGACAAAGAUACUACCUUGCCUGCUUCAGCAAGAAAAGUUAAGACUUCGGGAUUAAAGAAAGAAUCUCAAAAGAAUGAAAAAGAUUUGAAGAUGUUGGUAAAAGAGAUUCGUGUUCUUGUGCAGGAACGUGGUGCUCAAGACAAGCGGAUCCAGGAUCUGGAAGCUGAGUUGGAGAAGAUGGAAGCAAAACUAAAUGCUGCCGUCAGGGAAAAAACAUCUCUCUCUGCAAGUAAUGCUUCACUGGAAAAACAGCUUAUUGAAUUAACCAGGACUAAUGAGCUACUAAAAUCUAAGUUUUCUGAUGAUAGUAACCAGAAGAAUUUGAGAAUUCUAAGCCUUGAGUUGAUGAAACUUCGAAACAAAAGAGAAAUAAAGAUGAGGAGCAUGAUGGCUAAACAAGAAGGCAUGGAGGUGAAGCUGCAGGUUACCCAGAAGAAUCUCGAAGAGUCUCAGGAGAAAAUAGCACAACUUGAGGGGAAGAUUAUUUCAAUAGAGAAAGAAAAGAUUGAUGAAAAAUCUGAAACAGAAAAACUUUUAGAAUACAUCGAAGAAAUAAGUUGUGCAUCAGAUCAAGUGGAAAAAUACAAGCUAGAUAUUGCCCAGUUAGAAGAAAAUCUGAAAGAGAAGAAUCAUGAAGUUUUAAGCCUUAAGCAGUCUCUGGAGGAAAAUGUUGCUAUAUUGUCUAAACAAGUGGAAGACAUGAAUGCUAAAUGCCAGCUGCUUGAAAAAGAAAAAGAAGACCUCAUCAAUAGGGACAGAGAACAGGAUGAAAAGCUAAACUCUGAGAUACGAAACUUAAAAGAGAGGUCUGUUCUUAAACAACAAGAACAUGAAGAGCUACAACAAAAAGUGUUGCAAAUUGAUUCACUUCUGCAACAAGAAAAGGAAUUAUCUUCUAGUCUUCAACAGAAGCUAUGUUCUUUUCAAGAGGAAAUGGUUAAAGAGAGGAAUCUCUUUGAGGGAGAAUUAAAGCAAGCACUGGAUGAGCUAGAUAAAUUACAGCAAAAGGAGGAACAAGUUGAAAGCCUGGUCAAGCAAUUGGAAGAAGAAUCAGAAUCUAGAGGUGAAGAACUAAAACUCAUGGAAGAAAGACUGAAAGGGAAAGAAGCUGAACUGGAGAAAACUAAUGCUGCUCAUGCUCAGGCCACACUGCUUUUGCAGGAAAGGUAUAACAGUACAGUGCAGAGCCUGAGAGAUGUUACCGCUCAAUUUGAAAGCUAUAAAGCAUCAGCAGCAAGUGAGAUAGAAGAUCUUAAGGUGGAGAACAUGUCACUUCACGAAAAAGUGGUCAAGGCUGAGAAAAGUGCAGAGGAUGUUCAGCAUGAGAUAUUGGCAACUGAGAAUGCAAAUCAAGAAUAUGCAAGGAUGCUUCUAGAUCUGCAGACCAAAUCAACACUUAAAGAAGCAGAAGUUAAAGAAAUCACAGUUUCUUCUCUUAAAAAAAUAACUGAUUUGCAGAACCAACUCAAGCAACAAGGCGAAGACUUUAAGAAACAACUGGAAAAGGGAGAAGCAAGAAAAGCUGGAAAAGAAAAAUCAACGGCAGAAUUAACUGAGGAAAUGAAUAAGUGGCGUCUCCUCUAUGAAGAAUUAUAUAAUAAAACAAAACCUUUUCAGCUACAACUGGAUGCAUUUGAAGCAGAGAAACAGGCUUUGUUGAAUGAACAUGGUGCAGCUCAGGAACAGCUAAAUAAACUAAGAGAUUCGUAUGCUAAAUUAUUGGGUCAUCAGAAUCUAAAGCAAAAAAUCAAGCAUGUUGUGAAAUUGAAAGAUGAAAAUAGCCAACUCAAAUCGGAGGUGUCAAAACUCCGCGCUCAACUUGCUAAAAGAAAACAACAUGAAACAAAACUUCAGGAGGAAUUGAAUAAAGUUCUGGGUAUCAAACACUUUGAUCCUUCAAAGUCUUUUCUUCAUGAAAGUAAAGAAAAUUUUGUUCUCAAAACCCCGCUAAAAGAAGGCAAUACAAACUGCUCCUAAGCUCUUAAUGGAGUUUCAAGAAUCAUGCAAGUAAACAUCUGAAAAGCCUGCUGAAGAUUAUUUGAUUCUUAUUAUUUUUAUUGUUAUUGUUGCUACUUUUGUUG